AUGCAGCAGCGGCAGAGGGACGAGGAGUGGGACGUUGUCCGCGCCGACGAGGAUGGCGCAUGGACCGUGGAUCUGGCCGAACGGUGGAGCAAACGGCUCCGUUUAUCGACAUCAUCAUCGACUACUGAGCCAGAGGAAGCUGCUGGUGGAGGAGUCGGCGCGAAAGACGAUCAGCUCCUGCUCCUGGCAAAAGGGGGAUCGGGAGGACUGGGCAACUCGACUUUCCUCUCGGCCAGCCAUAAAGCGCCCAAAGUCUCGACCAGAGGCACGCCUGGCGAAGAAGUCAUUGUCCACCUCGAGCUCAAGCAGCAGGCCGAUGUUGGUCUGGUGGGCUUGCCAAACGCGGGCAAGAGCACCCUGAUUCGGUCGAUGAGCAGCGUGGGAAGCACCGUCAAAGUUGCAGGCUACGCAUUCACCACCCUCAGCCCCAACCUCGGCGUCACGGACGUGGAAGCGGCUCGCUUCACCCUGUCGGACCUCCCCGGCUUGAUCGAAGGUGCAGCAGAAGACCGUGGCCUGGGCCACUGGUUCCUUCGGCACGUCGAGCGCUGCGCCGCGCUCUUUUACGUCGUCGAUGUCGGCCCCAACAGCGCCGAGCCGUGGCUCGAUGUCGAACUGCUCGCCCAGGAGCUCGAGACGUACAAGCCCGGUCUCUCGGACAAGAUCCGAGGUAUUGUCGCAAACAAGUGCGACCUCCUGGGUCCAAAGGACGACGCCGAGAUCGAAGAGAGCCGGGAGAAACUGAGGAAGCUCAAGGAGAACGUAGAGAGGAUUCACGGGAGGAGCAUCGAGGUGUACCAUGCAAGCGCAAAGUACCGGCUCGGCGUAGAGCGCGUGGCUCGAGGCAUGUCGAACGAGGUGCGAAAGGAGGAGGAGAGAAGCGCUCUGCUGGAUGAGCAACAGAGGUGGGGAGAUGAAACCACCGCUUGA